AAGAAGGUGAGAAAUAAAGAACGAAGAGGAGGAGUGAGACGAAUGUCGUAAUCUUCCCAGUUUACCUGCUCAUGCAGCGAGGUGUCUGAUGGCCACCAGACCAGGGCUACCCAUGUGAGAAGGGCGUCUUAGAAGAGAAGAGCAGACACUUGAGCGGGAGAGAAGAGUUUCACACGGAGCAAUGGCUUCAGUCAACGAGCAAGUCGUGGAUGAAAAACUGGCACCUGUUAAACAAGAGGACUGUGAGUGGGGCACACCAGCGAAUGUGUGUAUCAAACAGGAGGGCUGUGAAGAAAGAAUUCUGGUUGUUAAAGAGGAGGAUUCUGAGGACAGGAUUUUUGAGAUUAAAAUUGAGGAAUCUGAAGAUACCUCAGUUAGUUCUGAACUGCUAAACCCUGAAAUGGGGGAUUUGUUCCAGGAAGGUAUUUGUGAAAAAUCUCAUUCCAGUGUACAGCUCUGGUCCGCUGAUAUGGGACAACUGGCAACCAAGCAGGAUUCUCUAGAAUUGAAGUCUGAGUUUUCCGAGUUUGAAAAGAAAAUCACAGAAGGAAAUGGAAGAGAACAAGAGCAACAGGCAUCUAGAAGUGCUGGAAUAAAUUUCCAGGAGAAUGGCAGCUUCUCCCCAUCAUCGCUUCCUCAAGCCUCUUUUCAAGGCAGACUACAAGAUAACCAGGAAAAGGAGAAGAUGAAGAAAUCCACAAGAGGAUCAGAGAAUUUGACCUCCGCCUCUUUGCAGUGUAUCUCCCUUAAUACUGCCGAACUAACUCAGAGAGAGGCCGUCAGCACUGAUCAACAACAAAUAUAUAAUGCGGAUGAAGACGCCUUGCAGGCCUACAGAAAAUGCAGAAAAAUGUUCAACAGCACUUCUGACUGUGAAGAUUAUGAAUUGAAUUAUCCGAGACAGAAGUCAUAUGGCUGUUCUGAAUGUGGCAAAUACAACAGUGGUCUUAAUGGACACAUGAGAAUUCACACUGGAGAGAAAUCGUAUUGUUCUUCCGAAUGUGGGAAAGGAUUCUCAGAAAUAAGCAGUUUUCAGAGGCACACUGGAAUUGACUCUGGAGGGAAGCCAUAUUGCUGUUCUAAAAGUGGAAAAAGAUUCUUUGACAAUAGUGCUCUUCACCAUCACACUGAAAUUCAUACUGUAGAGAAGCCAUUUUGUUGUUCUGAAUGUAGCAAACGGUUCUCAAUACUCAGCCGUCUCCAGAGGCAUGCAAGAAUCCACACUGGAGAGAAACCUUUUGGCUGUUCGGAAUGUGGCAAACUCUUCUCUGAACGCAGCACUCUAGAGGCACACACACGGAUUCAUACUGGAGAGAAACCUUAUUCCUGUCCUGAAUGUGGUGUAUUGUACUCCAACCGCAGCAGUCUUUAUGAACACAAAAGAAUUCACACUGGAGAAAAACCUCACAUUUGUUCUGAAUGUGGCAAACAUUUCUGUAACAGCAGUGGUCUUAAGAGACACAUGAGAAUUCACACUGGAGAGAAACCCCACUGCUGUUCAGAAUGUGGAAAACGUUUCUCUCAAGUAAGCCAUCUUCAGACCCACAGACGGAUCCACACUGGGGAGAAACCUUAUUGCUGUUCUGAAUGUGGGAAAGGAUUCUCGCAAUUAAGCAGUCUUCAGAGGCACAGUCGAAUCCACAGUGGAGAGUAACCAAACUGCUGUUCUGAAUGC